AUGGAACGUCUCCAAAUACAAGAAGCGUUUACUCUAUUAAAACCAUUUUGUGAUUCUUUAAUGAAAAAUCCAAAUAUUGACACUGCUCGUAAUGUUGCUAAUGCUUUGACAAGGAUUUCAAACAAAGUCAUUCAAGAUUUGUUGGAAUAUAUUUUAUUUCCAUUUGUUACUCAUUUGCCAAAUGAAACAUAGGUAAAUUACUCUAUGCCUUAUACCACUUAUAAAAUAAAAAUAAACGCUAUUAUACAAUUAAUUAAAUAUAUAUAUAUUGUUUUAAUUAUAUAUCUUUUUGUAGUAAUUGUGGGACAUGAAGAACUUAAAGAAACAGUACUCUCUUGCAUUGAGACUUUGAUACAUUCUUGUUUCACAGAAGUUAGAGAAUGUUUAUAUACUAGACAAAAUGCCUCUAAGAUAGGGCAAGGAAUACUAUUGUCAAUAACAAUAGGAAGAAUUGAAAAAUCACAUUCCCUUAGAUUGCAAGCUAUAGAAACUGUUAUGGCAUUAUGUCAAGUGGAUGAUGAAGCAGAUAAAUCUGAUGUUAUAUUGCAAGACCAAAUAGCUAAUGUUAUUAUGUUAUUUUUACCUGGUAUUGUUAGUGGUUUACAAGAAAUAGCUAUGGGGAGUGAAAUACAAGGGCAUAAACUUACAAUGGUAGCAUUAAGAGCUUGGGGUAGAGUAAUAUCUCUUGUGAUGAAAGAUAAAUUAGAAGAAGAUGAUGAUACACCAUCAUUAAAUGAUCUGAUUAAAAUAAAUAAAAAGAAACAUACUAACACAAUUGAAAGUUUACCAAAUAUUAAUGAUCAUAGUGAAUUAGAAAAACAUCUCAAAAGUGCAACAAGAAGCAAAGAGUGGUUUAAUGCUAGUGCAACUAAGCUUAAUAUACUUGUCCAACAAUUAGAUGUAUUAAAAAAACACUCCCACUAUAAAGUUAGAAAGGAAUUAGUUGAGAACAUUCAUUUAUUGCUUACAACAUGCCCCAGGAAUAUGAAACCAAAUGUUAUGUUACUAAUAGAGUAUUUAAUAUCUCUAUCUGAGGAUGAAUUUGCAGAAGUUCGCGAGGAAGCUGAAAAAGCACUCAACAUAAUUAACAUAAACUAUAUGCAAAAUAAGAAUAUGAGGCCUUUGGUGGAAUUAUUAGAAGAAAAUUUUUAUAAUCUUCUUACAAGAUUACCUAGGAUAAUCAGGAGGUCUGAUGAUAGUGAUCAAUUGUCUUGCUUAAAUCAAAUUGCUGGUUAUUUAAAACUUCUUGGGGAACAAAGAUUACCAUGUGUUAUGAUGUCGGCAUCGCAUGUUCGAAGACUGUUACUGGCUCUUGUGUAUGUGUCCGAAAUAGAUUGUAGUAAUAUCUCUCUUCUACAAGCAGUAAAUGUUAAAGACCUUGAAGAUCCAGCAUAUUCAUAUGGAUCACAUUUAUGGAGACGAUUUAAAUUUAUUCAGAAUAAUGCAUGUGAAGCAAAAGUUGUUGCAAUAUGUAAAUAUUUAGGUGAAUUUGGAGAUCUUCGAAUUUUAGUAGAUACUAUUCUUUGUCUCAUAUUCGAUGCUUCACAACAUAGGAAAGAGUUAAUUUUGUUAUUGAACUGGAUAAUACAUGUAUCAGUCAAAGAUUCAUCAAUUUUGCCAAUUUAUAAAGAAGUUGUGGAGUUGUAUAUAAAUCCUGAAUUUUGGUAUCCGACAAUUGAAGCUACUAAAGACAUCCCUUUAUGCACUGCACAGAAUAAUGUAGUGCAAUGUUGCUUAUUACUAGAAGGUUUGGGAUUAAUAGCACAAAACUUAAGAUAUGAUUAUGAUAGAUUUCUUCUUAAAACUUUAUAUCUUAUCAUCGAAAGAGCGGGAAGUGGGCAUAGUUUAAUCAGUUUUGUUGGUGCACAGACACUGGAACAAAUUACAAAAUCGCAGCAAUAUGAUACAGUGGGAGAUCUCCUACGUGCAAAUGUUGAUUAUUUCUCAUAUCAUGUUAGUAUAAAAUUGCGUAAAGUAGAGCGCAAUCCCGGUGUCCUUGAUGUUGUUGAAGUGGUCAUGAAAUAUAGUACAAUAGACGUGUUACCUUGUUUAAAAGAAAUUGUAGAGGAUGUACUAUUACAAUUAAAUAGUAAUUUUCAACAAAAAAAUUCCUAUGCUUUCUUAAAAGUUUUUUAUACGUUUACAAUAUGUAUAAAAAAUUUAGAAAGUUCUAAACAUCUACCAAUAAUACAAGAACAAAAUGUGAAUAUUGAAUGUAAAUCUUCGAAAAUUAUUCAGACUUUGUUAGAGUAUUAUGAAGCAAAAAAAGUUGAUGAGGAAAUAGGAGAUACAGAACAAUCUUGUGAAAUUAAAGAGAAAACUGAAGAAAAAGAAGAAAUAGAAGAAGAGGAAGAAGAGGGAAGUGAAUAUUAUGCAAACUCUAUGAAUCAAGAAGAAGAGAAAGAAAACAUACCAUUUUACAUAAAAAUGAUUGAAGAUGUAAUGAAGCAUUGUUUACACUUCAUACCGUCAAAAGAAAUACAAACAUCAUUAAUUGCAAUGUCAACGUUUCAAGAAGGCCUCGAAAUUUUAGCAGACUGGGAAAAUCAAUUAUUACCAAUUGUACAUUUACUCUGGCAUCCGCUAGUAGAUAGAUUUCAUGAUGAAAAUGUAUUAAUAAUCAAUCGAGCGUGGCAAUUAUUAAAUGUGAUCAGCCGGGUUGCAAAAGAUUUUAUUCGAUCUAGAACGCUUAAACAAGUAUUACCUGCACUUUCAAAAUUUUUACACAAUUCUGCAAAAGAAACCUAUAACAAAAAUUACGAAAAUAUUUAUAAAUUUACUCAGGUUUAUAAAUUACAAAAGGAAUUACUUUCUACAUUAGGUCAAAUAACAAAGAAUUUAAAUCUUCACGAACGAGAAACAUGGAAUGUUUUAAGCAUUGUAGAGCCUUAUCUUAGCAAACAUCAAAAUCCUACAUUACAAACAUGUUGCAUACAAUUGUAUAAAGAUGUUGCUGAUUAUAAUAGUGAUAUUGCUUGGGUGAAAUGUCUUAGUAUCUUUAAUUCUAAAAUAACAAAAAUUGCCUCUGAUGCUACAUUUGAGAUUAAAGAUUUAAUGGUUACUGAAAACAUUAUUUCAACAAACGAGUAUUUUAGAAAUGUACAAAUUAUUAUGAAAUAUAUUCAGGAUCAG